AUGGCGAACGCGGAGCCGGAGGCCGAAGAGAGCGGCGAGGGCGGCGGCGCCGCCGGGAAUGCCAUGGUCUCCUCUGCUUGGUUCUGGGUCGCAGUGGACAGGAGGGCGAGUCAGCACUUGGGCAGCAUAGCUUGUCUCCCUGUUUCCUGGUCUCCUCUUUCUGUAUUUAAGCAACUGGAAGCCAUUCGAGUCAAGGUCACGUCUGGAGAGACACAAGGUCAGGAGAGGCACAUAUCCACACUGGCCACCAUCCCGCGCAGAAUAACUCGGCCCAGCACAGCACCCGGAAGGAGCCCUGGCCUGAAGAGGCUCAGCGUCACCGGGCCUCAACUGCUCAGGCUCCAGCCUCUCCUGAGAACCAGUCCACAGCCGUCUCACCUGAGCCACUCCCCGCAGCCUCCCAUUCAGGUGUUGGUGCGGAGGCCACUGCCCACCCUCAGCCCAGUCUCUGUGAAGAUAGCCACGGCCCCCAGGGCUCCAGGUGGACAGGGGGCCCCCGCCCUGCCCCCUGAGUCUCCCAGCUCCGCCAGCGUGUCUGUGUCCAACCUGCACACAAAACACACUGAGAAGCGAAAAACAUCUUUGCAUGUGAAAACCCGGUCCGGCCGGAUCUCUCGACCCCCCAAGUAUAAGGCCAAAGACUACAGAUUCAUCAAGACAGAGGAUCUGGCCGACGGCCACCUGUCGGACUCGGACGAUUACUCAGAGCUCAGCGUGGAAGAGGAUGAAGGGCCAAGGGCCAAGGUGGUGCUCUUUGACUCCUCCACCUGUCCCCUGCGGCCCAAAACCUUCAAGUGUCAGACCUGUGACAAGUCCUACAUUGGGCAAGGGGGACUGGCCCGACACUUCAAACUGAACCCAGGCCAUGGCCAGUUGGAGCCCACGGAGCUGCUGCUGCCCCAGAGAGCCAACAGGCACCACCCUCUCAGGCGCACCAAGGACUGGCCUGUUAGCCGGGCUCCCCUGGAAGCGUCCACUCCUACCGAGCUCCGUGACGAAGGGGUCCUCUCCCAGGGUGCCACGGCCGCAGAGCCCAUCCAAGGCAGACGGCAGCAGUGUGAUCCAGAGGGGCUGGCGGCCCCGGCCCUGCCUCGGCGGAGUGCCCUCGUCAUGGUGUUUGAAUUCCUGCUGAUGAAGGUGAAACGAGCUCACGUGUCCCAGCCCUUGUUCCCAGCCGUCUACAAGGAGUUUGAGGAGCUGCACGGGAUGGUUGAGGAGAUGUGUCGCGAUUACCUCAGUAGUUCCGGCCCGUGCCCGCGGGAGGCCCUGGAAAUACGCAACAGCAAGGUUGCCGAGUCCCUUGGAAUCACAGAGGAGAUCCUGAGGGAGAGAGCCAUCCGGCCAGACAUCCUUCCGGGGCAGUGCGCCAGCCUGGAGGCGGAGGCUGGCAUCCAGAAGCGGGAAGGCGAGCCUGUGGAGGGGGCGCUAGCUUCAGUGAAGAGGGCCAGAGGAGAGACCACGCCCAAGGACACCGCCGGGCCUCCGGCUGUCCGCAUAGGAGACAUGGAGAGACUCCGGAGCCAGUGUGCCCCAGCCGCCAGGGAGGGUUGUGGCCAAGUCAACAGGCACUUGUCCCAUCCAGCGGUGGGUGCUGUCAGCGGUGGCGGCGAGCUCCCUGAGGGCCGGCAGCUGAGAGCCGCUGUGGACUUCGGCGCCCAGAGCGGGCCUGUGGGCUGGGCUCCACUGCCCCAGGGUGCCAUGGGGCCGGUUCUCCACGCUCAGUUGGCCCAGGAUGCUGGGGGCAGCCCACCAGGCUUAGCUCCCUGUAGCACCCUGGUGGCAGGUGGUGUGGUCAGGAGCUGUGGCAAUGUGGGCACUGUUACCCUCACGGAUGUCACAGCUCUGUUCCCGGAGGCCAUGCUGGUAGACCAGGCCUGCAGGACUGCGUCAGAGCCUCCGCCCGGCCUGGACAGGCCACCGCCGGCCACCAGGAGCCUUGGGAGCCACGUGGAGGCCAUCAGCCAGUGCCAUGGCCCCAGGGAGCCUGCUGGACCUGCAGAACUGGAGAGCGUUGCUGCUGGCGGGGAAGCUGGAGCCCUGGAGCUCCCCCCUGGGUGCCAGGAACUGUUCUACCCGGGGCCGGAGCAGAUCCUCAUUCAGACUUCAGAUGGGCGCCUCCUGUCCCACCCCGGUUCACUUGUGCCUCGGGAGGAGGACAUUGUCCUAGUGGCCGAGGGAACGGGCGUGCCGCCGGCUGGCCUUCCCUUAGAGGCGGUGGAGGCCCUUCUCGGAGGGCAGUCCGGGCCCUCCUCGUGAGGCCCAGUCAGCCCACACCCUGUGCUGUCUGCAUUUUCUCCAAGGGCGACUUUGGACUGUGUAAUUUUGUAAUGUGAACACUGAUACGCCUUUUAUUUAUAAAGCCUGCCUGCCUGCCCACCGUG